AUGCCCAAAUUGAAAAGAACAGACCUCGUCCAGACAAAUACCUUCUACAAUGAGGAUGUUUACAGCGGCGCUAAACCGAACGAUGUCCUACCAUCUCAUGUCGAGGAUCUGCGAGAAAUUAUUCUCGACUUUUCCUGGGCAAUCCGAAGUCAGGGCGUAUAUACUGAUACCUCUCAUAUUGACUUCCUGGAAAAAGCAAACGGGCUGAAAGGGACUGGCUUGGACCCGAUUGUACAAGACGCAAAGCUCAUUCGAGAUUGGUUCAACUUAUUACGUGGCAGCGACUGUGCGGAGAACCAGUGGCAGGAGUCUUUCAAAAAUAAGUUCUUUAACACACUUCACCUGAGCGACACCGACUCCACCACGAGCUUGCGAAGUAUUUCACGUUGUAAUUUCUAUCAUGACACCGUCGUAUCGACUGAGGAUAAACUCUGGACAUUGUUCAGGGAAAGGUCUCACCAUCGGGCAACUUCAGGCCUGGACCUACUGAACGUAGUCUCGCAGCCUAAACCUGACUAUUGUUUCUUCUUGCCUAUGUAUCACCCCAAAGUUGCACUUCAAAUACCCCAUGGAGCGGGAUCCGCAUCUCGGCAAUGGCACAAGAACUCGAUCCCGAGCAUGGUCGAGCCAUUUUCAUGGUCACUCUUCCAAGAGCUCUUCGAGCAUGGCUUACGACCAACACCCUUUAGUACCCUGGGCAAGAAAGCUAAGAAGUCAAAAGGACCUUCGACAAAGGAUUUGAAAUGCUAUCCUUGGUUGAUUGUCGAGUUCAAAACUGAGGAUGACUUUUUGAUGGAGGAGGUGUGUUGUCAGGGUGCCAACGCCUCGGCCUGCGCUGUGAACCUCAACCGGAUUGCAGCCAAGUACACAACCGAGGAAGCUGAGGAUGCGCAAGUCCCUCCGAUCCCGGUCAUAACCACGGUUGGGCCAAAGGUCAAGGCCUGGAUUACGUACUUUUCGAGAGACUUCAAAGCUCCAUAUGACGUACGUACAAAGAGGAAGGGAGAAAAUGUCAAAGAGGGCUAUCUGAUGAGAUGCAUCUGGGAGGGGAAUAUGACUAACCUUAGACAUGUUGUGGAGUUCAGACUAAUGCUCGAGAACACCCACUCUUGGGCUACACGGGUAUUUAAGCCACUCCUAGGGACAUAUAUCCACAAAUGGAAGCUUGAAACACGCAAAAAUGAUGACAGAGAUAUUUCUCCGGCCUCAGCUACAGCACAGAGGGACUUAAAUGUCAGUGCAAGAUUGACGCCGAGAGUUGAGGGUAUUCUGCAACGGUAUGCCACGACCGCGAUCAACCCCGAUCAACCAUCACAAACUACUUCAGUAUUAGUAGGCUACAUCCAAGAACUUCUUAAGGCUGAACGUAAGGAGACGAAUAAACAGAUAGAUUUGUUGUUCGCCCAAAGGAUGGAUGGCCUCAAUGUCGGCUCUGAGAAGGUACAGUCGAGAGCUUCAACUAAGGACUCAUUCGUUUAUAGAAGGCUGAAAAAUGUCCGCGGCCAGAGGUCACACCAUGAGGCUGUACUCCCUACAACCGAGGCCAGUGAUGAAUCCCUGAACUCGGAUGAUUCAGAAGACUCUCAGUAUGAAUUUCAAGACUCAGAUAAUUCAGAAGAGUCUGAGGGCUCACAGGACCUGGGAGACACCGAAGAAGAGUCUGAAGAAGAGUCUGAAGACCAGGGAGAUCUAUGGGCAUCACCAAGAGUUCAUCUAGACACUCCAGCUCAAGAAAGGAGGGUGAGGCGAAGCCCCCGCCUUGCAACGCCCGAGCCAGCACCAAAUCAGCCUAAGAACAGGCAGAGGGCCACUGCAUCCCCGGAUCCAGCCGAGCUUUCAUCACUUCCGCGAACUCCUUCGCGGACUCAGAAAUCUCUGGGGCAAUUCCUUGGGUCUAUGGGGGUACGGGCAGACCGAUGA